AAGGAAAGGUUUUUUAUCUUCAAUCCAUUCUAAACAUAGAAUAAAAUACAAAACACACCCAUAAAUAGAUCAGCACGGAUACUAACGCACCGAAUGGGAACCCAUUGUCUCGUGAAUCAAUAAUUUCCGGCCCAACGGUUCCCACGUUCGUGUACCAGCGGUCGAAUAUCUAAAUUAUCAAAGAUUCUAUAACGUUCACCACCACCCGGUCGGGCGGCACACUUAAUAACCGGCCGUGCCAACACCGAGCCCCGCACCAUAGAUGAAGCGACACUUUACCCCCGCCAACAGCUUACUACACCAACCCUCUUUCCCCUUCUUGUAUGUCACUUGCAUCCCCAACCUCACCGGGAUACAUGAAAGCACCCGCUUGUUCUAUAUCAUAUUUACCCUUCAUCAACGGCAGUCAACUGACCAGUCAACGGACCCACACAGACCCACAGGCUGAAUCCUUUGAAGGAUACUUUCUCUGUGUCGUGUGGUAGUGUGGUGGAUAGCCUUGCUGCACGACCACUACAACGUGGCACGACCACGACGUGUUAGUUCAUCGUCCACCAGCAGAACAGAAAAGGGUCGGUCUGGAUGGGAAAAGGACCCGUACGCUUCGGCUGGGUACCUCAGUAGCGAACGGACCGCGGGCAAAUCAACAACGUCGGUGCGAAGGAAGCAAGCCAGCCGACAAGGAUUUUUCUAUUACGCGCCACGCGUAACCUGGAGUGUAUGUUUGCUGAAAGUGUUAAUCACGCUCGGGAUACAGUGUAAGGCACGUGGAAGUAGGUCAAACCGGGAUAGUGCUGGACGGAAUGAGCUCGUUUCGGGCUACUUAGUUCGAAGUGUUGGGAAAGGACUGUUGAAGAUACAUUUUGUUUUUUAAAAGUGUAACUAAUCCAAGUCAAGGAAUUGGAUUCUAUCCUUAAAACACACCUAAAUGUGUAACACAACGGAUCAAAACGGAGGCGGUAUGCAUGUGGAUAUCGAUGUGCCAGACACAGGAGCCGUGUUUACGCUCGGGAAAUCGUACCUCUUCGACGACACAAUAAAGGAGGAAACGACACCCCAAAUCGACCGGGCAAACCAUCCACCGACGGAGCCCACCGGUACAGGGGAUGGUGAUGAACCGACGAACCCGCCCAAAAAGGAUGUGCCGAUACGGCAGCAAAGCUACUUCUUCGUCAAGAAUGAUCCGAUCGUGAAAAUUGUCUGUGGCUCCAAACAAAGUGGCGUGAUUUGCGAAUCGGGACGACUUUUCGUGUGGGGACUCAGUGGACACGGUCAGCUUGGUUUGGGCAAAACGGAAACCGUCCAUAAACCGUCCUGCGUGCGCACGAUCAAGCGCCUGAAGGAGCGAGUCCACUCGUUUUGCUUCGGAGGAAAUGGAUUCUGUGUUAUACUUGCUGAAUCCGGUAAGGUGUUUUACUGUGGGAAAAAUGUGUUCCCGUUCAACGCGAAGGUUCCGUCCCUGCUGGAGGCUACGACACUGCACAAAAAUCCCACCGAUAACAGUGAAUAUACACCGUUCCCUGUGGAAUUGCGGGAGUUCCACGAUCUGCUGGAAGACUCCACGGAAGAACGUUUCACGCAGGUAGUGGCCGGUUUCAGCCACUUCAUUCUGCUCAGUUCCAGCGGCACAUGCUACGGAUGGGGAUACAACAGCCAUCAGCAGCUCGGUGGAGUCGAUUCGCUUAAAAUACUGUCCCAACCGGAACGGAUCGCACUGGAUGAACCGAUCGGGCAGGUGUUCUGUGGCAACUACUGCACACUGUUCCUGACCACAGCGAACACCCUUUAUCUGGUGGGCAAAUUUCAAAAGAUCACUAUUCCGGUACUGAAACAGCUGGAAAACUGCAUCCUUCCGGAGAAGGUGAUCGUGGGCGAGAUUACGGGAUGGGAUUGCGUGUAUUUGCUGCUGGCUAGCGGCCAAGUGUAUCGCUCAAACCGGGUGCGAAAGGUGGAAGAUUUGCGGUUUGAGCCGUUCGAGAGUUUAGCCGGAUUGUUGGCGGACGAUGAGCAUGUUACGAGGAUCGCUUCAGCAAACGAUUGUGUUUCGUUCGUUACCAGUGCCGGCCGUUUGCUAACGACGUACGAUGAGGAUUGCCCGUUUACGGCGUCGGAUCACUUCAAGGAGCUUAACAAAUUCCGUCACUUUAACGUCACGGACAUUGCUAGUGGGAAUGAGCAUUCGCUCGUGUUGGCUUACCCAGCCGUAGAGCGGCUGGAUGUUACACGCGCACUCGAGCUGCUGCGAAAUGCUACCCCGAUACCGACCGAGUUGCAGAUGGACGCCCAGAAGGCGCAGGAGUUUAUCCGCAACGAGAAGAGACGCUUGCGAAGGGAACACGUCGAACGGGAGAUUUCCAAGGACGAAUCGAUUGCGAUCGAAACGAGCGAAAGAGGUGAUUCGGACGUGCGGUUCAUCGAUAACGGGGUGAGCAUAGCGCCGGCCGUAACACCCAACGGAAAGCAUCACAAACGACAUCACCACCUGAAACCAUCGGAUGCUGUUGAUGCGGAUGAUGAAGCGGAUCGCUUCUCGGCGCACAGAGAUGUCGUCCCGAGGAAAACGCACACCCCCAACAUAAGUCAGCUGAUCGAUUACAGUGAUGACGAUAACGAUAGCAUCUCGUCGCAGUCCACCUUUCACGAUGAGGAGGAGGAGGAGGAGGAAGAAAAUGAGGACGUGGGCAAGCACGCUGGCAAGCAUUCGGAAGGCUACAAUGGUCAGAGCAAAAAUGGCAUGAACAACGAUAGUAAUAACAAUCGUAGCGAGGACGCACGUAAGCUGAGCCUUGGUAGCAAGCUGAACGGUAGCAUGGGUAGCACCAAAUCGAGCGAUCGGAUGCGCAAGUUCUUCAAGGAGCUCAAAUCGAAAAGCAUGGAUGUGUCGUGCAAGAAUCCGGGUGUGGUGUUAGAUGAUGAUGUAAAGUAUUCCAAAAACGACCAGAUUAUCCAGGCGGAGGAUAGAGCAUCGAAGGUGUGCACACUGAUGUGAAUCCGACGGCCUUACCUGUUUCUUAAUACUGUAUACACCACUUUGCAAUAAAUCACUUUGAGAGAAAC